AUGGAAGAAGAGAAAAUUCAUUUUAGUUUUUGGAAAAGAAUCGAGAGCUCUAAAGGCAUUUUUAAGCCAGGUGAACUUCUGGAUCCUGAAUCAGUUAUUCUUAACAAUCGUUUAUUUAUAACCGGAAGAGAUUCAGAAAAUAACCCAGUUGAUUUAAGAGAAUAUGCCAGUCGAAACCGGAACGCUGUAUUUGUCCCGUGCCCUGACGAAACAAAGUGGAUCGAUCCAGAGGUCCAUGGGCCCGACACAGUGGAUAAAUAGGUGGCAGCUCUGGAAACAGCUACCCCGUAGUGGACGUUAAACGUAAUAAAAAAUAUGAGAUAAGAUUUAAGAGAAUAUGACUUUGGUACAAUCUAAUUAGAAAAUGACACAUGAGACGUUCAUUCAGUCCAAGGCUUCCAUCCCUGCACUGAUGGCAAUUCUACUAUUUAUUUGCUAAUAAUCCCUGACAACUCCGACUACAGAUACCAAGUUAUUGAAUAUUCUUUAGAAACCCUGACUGGCACUCUGAUCGAUACAACAGGUAUCGCUCCAAAGAAAAGAAAACCUACAGUAAGUUCUUUAUAUUUUCAAGGCUGUAUUUAUUUUUUUGGCGGAAUGCAAAUAUAUCGAGGAGAUGCGACAGGGAGUUUUGUAUAUCGCUUAGACUUAGAAACAAAAGAAUGAAGCAAUGUAGAAUAUUCAGGCCAAUUCCCUGCUACAGUCCCUCAUGCGCCACAUACAGGUUGUAGAUCAGGACACAGCACUGUACUUGUAGGACACAAAGCAUAUAUUUUUGGAGGGACUAUGAUAGAAGAUUCUUUAUUAAAUGCUGAAUGCUUGACUAGCUCAAUUUUUGACAAUUUGUAAGAUAUAUACAGCAAUACCAAUGAUUUGCAUGAAUUUGAUAUUUUGCAGUCGAGAUGGAGCAAGAUUGCGUAUAAGCCGAUAGCCUGCAUGAUACCAACUAUGACACAGCAUGCAGCUGCAGCAAAUCAACAAUUUAUGUAUAUGCUAAAUAAGAAAGAAUAUUUCAAUAAUAGCCAAUUCAUAGUAUAUUUAAUUUAUAUGAGAGGUAUUAACACUCAAGAGAUUAUUUAUUAUGAAGAAAAAAUCUAUCGAUAUGAAUUUCAAACACAAAAUUGUUAUAAAUUGAAAAAAAGCUUAAAAGCUCCAAAAUGCAAAGGCCAAUGCACAAUGCAAUUAAUUAAUAAUUACUUGUAUUUGUUUGGGAAUACUAAUGAAGGAGCAAUGCUUUAUAGGUUGAAUUUAGGAAAAGGCUGGGUUUGGGUGCCUGGAGACACGAUGCCAGACUAUUCAGUAAGCUUUAUUUAGAAUUUCUUUAAUCAUCAGCCUACUUCAGACUUAUUAGUAAAAGUUGGUGAUCAAAAAAUUUAUGCCCAUAAACAAGUUAUGUGUAGGUUUUCAAGCUUGCUAACUCCCCCCCCCUCCGUGAGUGAACAAAACCAUUAGAAAAAUUGCUAUUUUUUGCCCAAAAAAACCCACCCUCCGUGAGUGAACAAAAAUUUUUUAAAAGACAAAUUUUUUAUGGAAAACAAAUUUGAUAUAUAAGUGAUAAUUAGUAUAAUGAAAUCUAGAGCUAAUUCUGCUUAAUUUUAAACAAAUUGCUUUUUUAAAACAUAAAUUUUAUAAAUUAAAUUAAUAUUUGCUUUCCAAUUUUUGCAAAUUAGGAUUUUUUUAAAAUUCGAAAAAUAAAUUUUCUAUAAAAUUUAUAUAUAAAUUUUUUUAACAAAAAAAAUUAACCCUCCUCCAUGAGUGAACAAAAAAAUUUUGUUCACUCACGGAGGGGGGGAGUAAGAAGACAACUGACUCCUGGGAUUCGGACAAUUUCUAUUAGUGAAUUUCCUUUUAUAGUAAUUAACAUGCUUGUGGAGCAACUAUACCAAGAUUGCCAAUUAGAACUGCCUAGAGAAUUAUCACAUUUUUUGCAACUUUACAGAGCAGCACAUUGGUUAGGCGUUGAAGAAAUCGUGAUGAGGUGCCAAAGUGCGUUAAAUGUAAGUCCAGCUAACUUAAGAGCUGUUAUUGAUUUAGUUGGUGACAUCCCUUCAGCAAGACAAAAGUGUUUGGAUUAUGUAAAAACACAUUUAAAGGAAUCUGCUAUGCUCCUUGCUCCUGAGCAACUUUCUGAAUUGCUGCAGAAUUUAUAA